GUGAGUCAUAGUGUUGACAAACGUAGAAAAUGAACCGAGUCCGAUUGAAAAGGAAAUAUAUUCUUCCGGGUACUGAUCAAACGGAUAUUCCAAAAAGAACAAGACGAUUAUGGAAAAAAAGGAAAGAAAUGAGAGAGACCAAGAUUAAUCCGCCAAACCAGGAUCUGCCAAGAGCUCAUGCCAUUUCUGAUGCCUGCCAUGUAAGUGAACCAUCUUCAGAAAGACUAUCAGGAACUACAGAAGAGGUAACUGAUGAUGAUUCUGAACCUUGGGUUCCUCUCAGUGGACAACAAAGUGUAUCAGGAGCAGAAGACUCUAACCUGAAUGAAAAUUCCUCUCACUAUGACUUUGACAAUGGCUCUGAAGAUGCACAUGACAUCAUCAUUGCAGUAACUGAUGAUGAUUCUGAACCAUGGGUUCCUCUCAGUGGACAACAAAGUGUAUCAGGAGCAGAAGACUCUAACCUGAAUGAAAAUUCCUCUCACUAUGACUUUGACAAUGGCUCUUUAGAUGCACAUGACAUCAGCCACAUUGCAGUAACUGAUGAUGAUUCUGAACCAUGGAAUCCUCUUAGUGGACAGAAAAGUGUAUCAGGAGGAGCCGAAGUCUGUAACCUAAAUGAGAAUUCCUCUCACUACUACUCUGACAAUGGCCCUGAAGAUGCACAUGAUGUCACUCCUGUUGUUGUAACUGAUGAUGAUUCUGAACCUUGGGUUCCUCUCAGUGGACAACAAAGUGUAUCAGGAGGAGCUGAAGUCUGUGUAAGUAAUCCCUAACCCAUUGUACAUCUUUUAGGAUUAAAACUUACUUACUGAGCAAACUCUGCCAUUCUCUCCUAUCAAACAUGAAGCAAAGUGCUACACCUAUUUUAAAUAACUUAAAAUCUUUAU